UUCCUCGCCGAAACCAAGGGAAAGCCUCUAUAUGCUGUAACACGGCACUGGGGUUGGAGUAGCAACCCGCCCUUAGUUCUGCACAGCGGCCCGGACCCCAAGUCCCCCGCCCUGGCAGCCGCGGACAGAUCAUUUUUCACUUGGAACUCAAAAGUCAUCCUCAAACCACUCCCCAGCUCCCCAAGAAAGGGCGACACGGAGAAGGUGAACGUACUGUCGCCCGACCUGGCUUGCGAAUUCUCCAUCCAUGUCAAUGCUCCUGGAGAAGUGGGUGGAAAAGUGGGAAGAGGCACAGGCCGCGAGCGCUUCGUUUGGCGUCGCUCAUUGGGCCUCGAAUUCCAAGCGCUGGCUGGUUGGGCGUGGGGGUGGACGCUCUUCCGCGUUAACAGCGGCGGAAGCGACGCGGCGCAGAGCACGGGUGAUUCCUUGGGCGGGAAGGAAAUCGUUGCCGUGGUGGCGGCGUGUCCACUUGAUUCAGCCAGGUCUAAGAAAGCCAAGUUUGAGUUUCUAGGCACCGGGAAGGGGGAACUAGGGGAGCGGUGGGCCAUGAUAGCACUCAUGAGUGGGUUGAGGAUUUUGAAAGUAGACCGACUUGCCAUUCAA